AUGUUUAAUGAAGCUGUGAAUGGAUUUGCAGAUGAUGGCUGGUCCAUGUUAGAGAGUGAUGGCAUUGAUGAUGUCACCCUUCUUGUGAAUUCAUCACCGAGCAAGAUGAUGGGUGCAAAUCUUGGAUAUAACAAUGGAUUCCCAUCCAUGACCAGUUCUGUGCUAUGUGCCAAAGCAUCCAUGUUGUUACAGAAUGUCCCUCCAGCUAUUCUUCUUAGAUUCUUGCGGGAGCACCGAUCAGAAUGGGCAGAUAGCAGUAUUGAUGCUUACUCAGCUGCUGCCAUUAAAGCUGGCCCCUGUAGCUUGCCAGGGGCCAGAGGAAGUUUUGGGGGUCAGGUUAUUCUUCCACUAGCUCACACAAUUGAGAAUGAAGAGUUCAUGGAGGUUAUUAAGCUUGAAAACAUGGGCUACUAUCGGGACGACAUGACUAUGCCUGGUGAUGUUUUCCUCUUGCAACUUUGCAGUGGAGUGGAUGAGCAUGCAGUUGGCACCAGUGCAGAACUAGUUUUUGCUCCAAUAGAUGCGUCUUUCUCUGAUGAUGCACCCAUUUUACCUUCCGGUUUUCGUAUUGUACCUCUUGAUUCUGGCACGGAUGCUGCUAGUCCAAACCGGACACUUGAUCUUGCCUCAUCACUUGAGGUUGGAACCACAGCAAACAAAGCUGCUGCUAUUGUUAGUUUGGGUCUGUAUCUUGCCUCUGUAUCAUGCAUAAAAUCAAGUGAUCUAAAGCUAAAUUGA